UGUGUGUGUGUGUGGAGGCAGGGCCAAAGGACAAGAAGCGAGUAAGAGAAAAUACGUUUAAACAAAGAGAGAAAGUGUCAAAUGCUGGAAAGCUCAGACGCCAAUGAAUGAUUGUGUGAGUUAAAAACAAAAAGGAAACCAAGCUGGAGGAAGCAAAAGAGACUCAGGCCAUGGAGGCGGAGGUGGAUGAGGAUGAUGGAACGUUCACUAACAUCUCUCUUGCAGACGACACAGUGGACAGUGGAUCUGCAGCCCUGUAUUCUAAACAGGAGAACGAGCUUUUCAUCAUGAACUGUGACAUAGAUGGCGACAUGGAGAACCAGGUGGAGAUGGAGGAGAAGACGAGGUUAAUAAAUCAAGUUUUGGAACUUCAGCACACACUGGAAGACCUGUCGGCACGAGUCGACGCAGUCAAGGAGGAGAACCUGAAGUUAAAGUCUGAGAACCAGGUCCUCGGUCAGUACAUUGAGAACCUCAUGUCAGCCUCCAGUGUCUUCCAGACCACCGACACCAAGAGCAAACGGAAGUGAGGUACCCUCUGGGAAAAAAAGCUGAAGUCCCAGGCCAGCAGCCAGGAGAGGAAACCCACCAUGGAGACAUGGAGGGGGGUUUGUUUUCUCAGCAGACCUGGGCGUUUACUUUAACCAUUCAGCUCACUUACCUGAGUCAAAACUAACGAUUUAAUAAUCAAGAACAUAAACUGACCCCGUCCCUCUGGCUCAGAAAUGUAAUGUUAGUCUGGCCCAGGUCUGUUUUGCAGCAGCUUCCUCUCCACACUACAGAUGAGGUAGACGUUAUCCUUUAAUCACUAACACAAAACAGAACCACAAUCAGUUUGUGGUUAAGAGUCAUUUGUACCUUGAGUACCUUCUUAAUGCUCUCUGUCAAAGUAGUAUCUGUAAAAUAAUUCUUAGCUCUGUUUACCUGCCUGGUUUUCUGUUUGAGGACAAUUCUGAUUUCCUGUGGUUUUCCUAACGUUCUGACAGUGUUCCUGCCUCAAACUGACCUUUAAGUGGGCCAAAACAAACCAUCAAUAUUACAAAUACUGUUUGACCAUGAACCUUGUUUUCAACACUGGUUUAUUUUAUUAUUAUUUAUUUUUCUAAAGUAUUUUCUACAUCAGCUGGAUCUGAGUUUUCAGCAGGUCUUGGAUGUCAUCAUGUCUAUGUAAAGCACGACUGUAUUCCUCAAUUUAAAAGAUGGCAAACUGAACAGUAUUACUGAGAAAAAAAUGUGUUCGGAUCGCAUGUAUGAAUAACACACCUUUUUGCUCGUCAGUUUAGUAUGGCUAAUGAAAUGUCAUUAAAUCAAUUAAUCACUGAAUUGCAGACUGUAUAAAGCUACCUUUUGCUUACCUAACUUUGUAAUAACAGGAAGUGGAUACUGGAUACACAUUGGUACCAUUGAGAGCUUGGCAACAGUUAAAGUAAAAGCACAGAGAAACGUUGUGUAAUCUAGCACUCCAUGGAAGUAAUGGUUUUAUUGUAAGUGCUUCAUUUUUAAAUCACAAAAUGCACAAUUUUCUUUCUGUACAUAAGUAUUUGUAACCCUUUCAGUUUAUCAUGUCAUACAUGAGUGAUGGCCCAGUUUGUAAUGUGAGCGUGACAAAGAAAAAGCACCCCGUAUUAUUACAUUUUGUGCCCUUAUCCUGGAAUGCCCAUGGGGGGAGGGGACUGAAAGGGCCAAAUAACGAGGAUGUAGUGAAACAGGGAGAUGAGCAGGGAAGAAAGAGAUGCUUUCCCCUUUAACUGCAUGGCCAGAAGCAGUAAAGAGGCCUUGAGUGCUAUUGAUCCAUUCAGCCAGGCCUGGAAUACAUCACCUGCUGGAGGAUGGGUUUGACCGUAAAAUGUGCUGAUGUCCUCAGUGUACAGCAGAGUGGAGGGUGUGUCCUCCAAGGCCGCUGCUGCCUCACAUAAAAAGACAAAAGGAUUGAUGGUGGAAGGAGGAGACAAAACAUAAUGUAAUCUCAAAUUUGUAUUCCCUUUAAACAGAAAUAUCCAGUUUAAUGUCUGGAAAACAGUAAUUCGUGUGUAAAGAUCACGUGACUGUGGUGCUGUUUGAAAACGGAGGAAUUGGUUAUAUUAGGGGUGGCUAUAAACUCUAUAUGCUGUAAUUUAUUGAGGUUAUUUUGAUAUUUUUAACAGUUGUAAGUCAUUCAUUUCUUUCUGGCAUGCUGACUAUGCCCUAACUACACACACUGUGGUACCAACUGUCUGUGUGUAGACACCCUGCACUUUUGCCUUUAAACAUUUGUUUUAAUAAAAACCUAAGAUCA